AUGAAUCCAUUGAUUCUCCCAACUGAUUCACCGCCGUCAAAUCUUCCUCUGCUUCCUUCGGUUUUCAUUGAUUCACUGCCGUUAGUCAUUGAUUUACCACCGUCAUCCCUUCCUUCGGUUUUCACCCGGAUCCAUUCUUCAGCCAUCGGAUUCACCAUCGAUUCAGAUUCAGAUUCACUUCUCAAUCAACCACACUUCUCCUCAGCUUCGCUUAUCUUUAUUAUUUCCUUCCAGUCCCACCUUUUCAUUUCGUUCAUAAAGUUGCUUGCUUGCUGCACUUAUAGUACUACAACUAGAAAGGGAAUUGGAUAUUGA